CGUAUAUAUAACAUGUAUAUCUUGAGUGUGGUGUGUGAUUCUAGUAAGUAGGUAAACAUAGAGCAGUCACCCCUCCCGCGCCGCGCCACACGCAUCCCUCCCUCCUGUUAAAAAAGAGGUCCGAAAAUACCCGACGAUUUCAAUUGGAUUGAUGAGAGGGAGCUGGGAACGGUGAAAUACUAAGAAACCAUUUUAUUUUGUAUGCAAUAUGUUGAAUAAGGUUGGAUUAUCUUGAGGCUGGGGUUGAAUAUGGACUUUGGGCACUGGUUUAAACCCGGGGUGCGUGUCCUGGGAGCGGGGCUGAAGGCGGCGUUCGACAACGAGACGAUCGAGGAGGUGCUCGCCGGGAAGCCUUCCCGCACCACGCUGGUCCUGGAGGUCAUCAUAGUCCUCAUGACUCUGGGAGCGGUGACCGGUAACAUCCUCGUCAUCGUGAUCGUGGCAGCGACCAAAACGUUCCACUCGGUGGCCUCGGUGCUCAUCAUCAACCUGGCCAUCAGCGACCUCAUGGUCGGCAUCGGGGUCAUGCCUUUCGUGGCGGUGUCCAUCAUCAACAGCAGCUGGGUCGCCUCGAAUGAGCUGUGCCUCUAUGUGGGCUACACCUCGUCCGUCUACUGCACCGCGUCGGUGCUCACCCUGGCCGCCAUCGCCCUGGACCGCUACUACUCCAUCGUGGACUGCCUGCGCUACACAGCCCGCUGCACGCUGUGCCGCAUCGGCGCGGUGGUGCUGUGGAUCUGGCUGCAGGCGCUGGCCACCAGCUCGCCGCCGCUACUGGGCUGGAGCGCCGUGCGCUACGUCAAGCCCAUGUACAGCUGCGCCGUGGUGUGGGCCAACAGCCCCAGCUACACGGCCGUCAUGGUGGCCCUGUCCUUCCUGCUGCCGGCCGCCGUCAUCCUCUUCUGCUACGUCAACAUCGUGCGGGUGGCGCGCUCCCACGCCCGCCGCAUCCACACGCUGGAGGACCACCUGCAGCGAGGCCGCGCCGCCGCCGCCACCGCCACCGCCGCCGAGUCGUCUUCGUCUUCGUCUUCGUCGUCGUCGUCGUCGUCGUCCGGCACCACCCAACACCACCACCACCACACCCACUCCAGCCUGGUGUACCACCUGAGCGGGCGUUUCGUGACGGAGGCCGGGAGCCUCUCCCGUGGGUUCUCCGUCUCCUCCUUCUCCUCCUCCUUCUCCUCCUCCUCCUCCUCCUCCUCCCCCUCCUCCUCCUCCUCCUCCUCCUCCUCCACCCCUCCUCCCCCUCCCAGACGCCUGUUCUCCUGCCUGGCCCAGACCCCCGUCCCCCGGCAGCCCCCCCUCCCCCAGCCGACCCCCCUCCCCCAGCAGCAGAACCAGCACCAGCACGGACUGGUCCGCCUCUUCCUGGUGAUCUCCGCCUUCUUCCUGUGCUGGACCCCUUAUAUGGGCGUGGCGCUGAUCCAGGCGGCCGAGAGCGCCCUAUUGGGCGAGAAAAACCUGGUCCCGUCCAGCGCCGUCACCUUCUCCUAUUGGCUGGUGCUGCUCAACUCGGACAUCAACCCGCUGCUCUACGCUCUGCUCAGCAAGCGCUUCCAGGGCGCCAUGCACAACCUCAAGCAGAAGAUACGCGCCCGGCUGGGGGGCGCGGUCGGGAGGGCGGGGGAGACCAGGGCGGAGGGCGAGGACAGGUGCUUAGGUCCGUGCAGCACCACGACCACCAACAUACGCACGCUCUGCUCCUCCUCGGGUGAAAGCCCGUCUUCGAGACGAGACGAGGCGUCCAGAUACUGCUCCUCCGUCUUCACGGUCAACGCAGACUUCAAACAUCAGCACCAGCCGAAGCAGCAGUGCGAGGUGUUUCUCCCGGGCAGCCCCUCGACCUCAAGCUCUUCCCUGUGGCAGCAGGAGUCGGGCAGCGGGGAGAGUAGGGUGGAGUGUCUGCAGGUCCCGACUCGAACACAAGAGGGCAGCAAACUGCCGUUCUCCGCCGUAACCACGGAAACGCGGGCCACUUACUUCUAUGGGCAGAUCACGGUGACGGUGGAGCAUGAUGUCUGCUAGUAGAGACUGAACAGCCCUUAUUUGAACCACACAAAUAGCACUUAUCUGGACUUAACUAUCUCUAAACUAAACUGAACAUUGCCAACUUGA